AUGUCCAGCAAGGAGACGACAGUGCCGGACGCGUGGGACGACGAUUGGGAGGGAAUUGCAGAUACAUCGGAGGCCUCUGCAAAGAAGGACCAAACACCCGAGCCUGCUAAGCUCACGAAAGCGGAGCGCAGGGCGAAGCAUGCGGAAUUCAACCGGCAGAUAUGGCAGUCAGCUGAAAAUCCUGAGCCUAUGUUGUUCCUCCAAGCAAAAGAUACGCUUCCCAUACAACCUACUUUUAAGCCGCCCGUGACGGUAUUGAGUCGCAAACCUCCUCCAAAAGUUCUCUCCCAAAGCGAUGACCCAACCGAAGCCGCAGAAGACAAUGAGGACAGCGAGGAGGAACGACGCCGAAAGGCCGAGGAAUCUUUUGCAGAAAGACAAGCUCGGGCCGAGAGGGAAAGGGCAGAGAAACAACGCAAAUACGCAGAAGCUCGGGAACGUCUGUUCGGUUCGCCCGCACCCAGUUCGGAAGAGUCGAGAGUGGCAUCUCCCAGCAGGCCGAGUAGAGGCAAGGGACGUGGACGGGGCGGGAGGGAUAGCACAACUUCGAGUAAUGAGCAGUCACCAGCUCGUCCGGCAGCUUCCACACGGCAGCUAUAUGACCCAUCGUACACGGUGAAGCCCAACUCCGUGUAUAUUCAGAGGAGGGAGCAGGAAUCUAGCCGUAGCCGACCCAGUACCCCCGGUACCCCCAAUGGCCUACAACAACCCAUACGAGAACCUCGCGGCCCUCAAGCUAUUGGAAGGGGAGGAAGAGGAUUCGCACCUCGAGGGAACCAUCGGGGUGCCUCUGGUUAG